GCUUGCGUAGCAACAUCUUCAAUGAGGAAUCCAGGAUGUCGUUGUGGAAAGCUUUAUGCCUGAUCAAUCUGCUCACCAGUUUUGUAUCGUCAGCUUCUGUUGCAGCUCCCACUAUAGAAGUUUACAUUAGAAGCGAAGGUUGUGAUGAUAGAGGAAAGACACCAAACACAUGUGGAAUUGCUUAUAUCAAGGUGAACGGCAAGGAUUACUCUCGUCAUGGCAGAGGGCAUAACAUUGUUGUUGUGGAUGGUGCAACAGGUGUUAUUCUUGAUUCAAAAGUAUUCGACACCUAUGGGGAUAGUUCUGCCGGUAAUAACCUGAGGGACUACCUCAACAGCAUUAAAGGAAACAAAAUCGUUUUGGUCGGCGUUCAAGACGAAGGUUCGAGAUAUGCUUCAUCAGCGGUCAGCGCUCUUAAGAGACUGGGGGCUCCCGAUCCUGUCUUAGGAAGCAUGCGGUCCUCCUUUGCCUUUGCUGGAUACGCGGGCACAGUACAACCAGCCUGGAUAAAGCAACAGAAGAUACAACAGUGGAAACCGAGAUAUCGUGGGCCCAGUGAAAUAACUCCGAAGAUUCCCCUCUCAUCAAGAGGCUAUAAAUGUCAAAACCAAACUUUACAAGGACAAAAAGGCAUUAUUUACUCACCACGCUAUCCAGAGAGAUACCCAGAUGAGCAAUACUGCAAGUGGAAGAUCAUAGUGAAAGCAUCUUUUCAAGUGGCUUUGAUGAUCACGAGCUUCAGUCUACAAUCUGAAAACAACACGGAUGCUGUUUAUGUGUACGAUAGCCAAACAAGGGUGGUGUUAGGAGUGUUCUAUGGUGGUCAACCUCCACCCAGGAAUGGAAUUUAUUCCUCGUCAAACAGCCUUUCUGUAAUAUUCAAAUCAGAUAAGAAUGGUUCUUUCUAUGGAUUCCAAGCUUCUUAUAGUGCAGUUAAGUGUUCUGGUAAGAGUCUGUUGAUUGACAGUAUUACAAAAAUUACUGUGCACAAUUUGAAAGUUGGAGAUUUAUCUUCCAAAACAUAUUGA